AGGUGGUAUGGCCAGAGAGCACAGUUUAUUUUCGGUGGUGGGCUGUCUGGGAGUGGAAGAAGCAGGUGCUGUCAUUUGAAAAGGAGCUAGUCUGUAUCUGUGCAGCACUAGGGCGUACCUCUGUUGUCCCAGCGCCUACCUACAACAACUGCUUGAGACAGCAUGGAAAACGUGGAGGUGUUUGAUGUGCCUGGCAAAGGUCGUGGCCUCAGGGCCACCAAGGAGGUGUGGGCUGGGGAUGUGCUCUUCGCGGAGCCCAGCUUUGCUGCUGUCGUCUUUGACAGCAUGGCAGAGCAAGUGUGUCACAACUGCUUCAGGCGACAGCCCAAGCUGCACAGGUGUGGUCAGUGCAAGUUCGCCCAGUACUGCAAUCGAACCUGUCAGCGUGCAGCCUGGGAGGAACAUAAACUGGAGUGUGCCGCCGUCAAGGCCUUCGGCAAGGUGCCCAACGAAAAUAUCAGGCUUGCUGCCCGCAUUCUCUGGCGUCUAGACAAGGAAGGUGGGGUUGUGUCAGACACUCAACUCACAUCCCUGGAUGAUCUGGAGAACCAUGUAUCGGACAUGACUGAAGAAGACCUGAAGGACCUGAAAAUUGACAUUCAUAAUUUCCUGGACUACUGGCCGCACAACAGUCGGCAACACAAAGUAGAGGAGAUCUCGCACAUCCUCGGAGUGAUUAAUUGUAAUGGCUUUUCAAUGAGCGACCAGCGGGGUCUCAACGCAGUUGGCGUAGGCCUCUUUCCCAACCUCUGUCUGGUUAACCAUGACUGCUGGCCCAACUGCACUGUCAUCCUUAACAAUGGCAAUCAAACAGCUGUGAAUACUCUGUUUCACACUCAGAGGAGGAUUGAGCUGCGUGCCCUGGGGAAGAUCUCUGUGGGGGAGGAACUGAUGGUGGCUUAUGUGGACUUCUUAAAUGUGUCCAGUGAGCGGAAACGCCUACUGAAGCAGCAGUAUUUCUUUGACUGCACCUGCAAGCACUGUACUGAACACAUCAAGGAUGACCUCAUGUUAGCUGGCAAGGAGGUGGAUGGCAAGAAGGCAUCUGAGGAGGAGGUGAAAGAGGUGAUGGAGUAUAGUCUGAAGAUGCUGGAGAAGAUUGACAAAGCUCGCACAGAAGGAAACUAUCACGAGGUGGUAAAGAUUUGCCGGGAGUGUCUAGAGAAGCAGGAGCAGGUGCUGGCUGACACCCAUAUCUACAUGCUGCGUGUGUUGAGCACAGCCAGUGAGGUGCUGGCCUACCUGCAGUUCAUGGAAGAGGCUGCCACUUAUGCUCGCAAGAUGGUGGAGGGUUACAUGAAACUGUACCACCCAAACAAUGCAGCACUGGGAAUGGGCACAAUGAGGGCAGGGGUUACACACUGGCAGGCAGGCCUCAUCGAAGUUGGACACAGCAUGAUCUGCAAAGCUUACGCCAUCCUGAUGGUCACCCAUGGGCCCACCCACCCUAUCACUAAAGACUUGGAGGCCAUGCGAACACAGACUGAGAUGGAGCUGCGCUUGUUUCAGCAGAACGAGUACGUCUAUCACAGCAUGCGAGAGGCAGCACUUAAGAACCAGCCGAUGAGCUUGAGGGCCGAGCCCGUCGUGGAAGGAAUCAAAAACCUCUUCCGCCGAAAGUGACCUCAUA